CCCCCAAUCCCCCCUCAAUAUGUUCCAAGUGUGUCUAAGAACUAAACGUAUCUGCCCGCCGAAUUGCUCAAUUAAAACGCCAAGACGAUACCACCCGUGUCUUAUUACGAACGGGAGGGUGUAAUCAUCUCCCUGCGCUACGAUGGUUGCGUACCCGUGAUCUCACCGCCGCAGCGCCAUUGGUCAAUCUACCUAGAUCCAUCCUUCACAUGUCGACUUGCUUAUGGUUGCUUCGACAACGAGCUAGCCCUACUGAUCAGCGAGGGGUAGCUCAGAGCCUUGCACGCGUUACAACCCUCUUGCUGAAUUUUGGUGGCUAUGAUACGAUGACUAUGAAAAGGUGGAAUUCCCCAGGCAAGGGCUGAGGUUCGUUCUACGGACCUCUUGACUUCUUGACCCCAUUUUAGUGCCUUCUUUUCUAAGAUCGAAUUUCAACCUUCUAGCUAGCUAGCUAGCUAGCUUACUAUAAUAGCUUGGAAGACGGUUAUAAAUGGAGACUAUAUUGAAGCGUGAGGCUUCGUUUCCGAACUGGACUCAAACCCCCAUCCCGGGUUUCACGCUCUCGGCAUCGGGUCUCAUCGCACUUGCGGACCUCGGAACCAUCGCUAGGCGCACGCAGAUCGUAGGAGGGGCGUCGUGGCUCGAUGCCUUGCUCCUUGCUCCCGGCCUGCACUAUCAGCAGGCCGCCGACGCGCUCGCCGGUAGUACAGAGUCGUACAGCGCAGUUGAGCUAUAUGAGGGCCAGACGUCGACGCACAAUAUCACCAAUACCGCUACCCAGCGCUACCUAGAACGUGUGGGUAUGGCCGGGCAAAGGGUCACCGUGGACGUGGGCAUGAUGCCCGAGCGUAACUACUAUUUCCCAGGUGGUCGGCGGCAGGCUCGUGGCCAGCGAGCUACCAUAUGGCAGGACCAAGGCGCCGACCUAGGUUGGGUCUCGCACGUAUUAUACCUCAUGAGCCCCGCGCUUACCGUAACUGCAUUCGUGUUCAUGAUCCUGCUCCGGGAAUGGUGGGGCGUGGCAUCCCUCCUCGCACUUAUGCUAUCCCGCGUCCUGAAUAUUUGGGUUAUCAAGCAGCGGUCAAAGCCUCCCGUAGCCCCACCGCCAAAGCCCGACGUGAGUAGCUUGUUGACGGAGUACCUGGUAGACCUGGGGCAAGGCCGAUCUGUGUGCCUGCGUGGCGUGGCGGAGGACUUGCAGGCCAUCACCACGACGUCGUGGCUGCGUGCCAAGACACAUCUAGACGGCUACCUCGAGGCGGCUGCCAAGCUGAUCGUGUACGUGGUGGCCGCUUUCAGCGGCAACAUGACGCAGGUCGGUUCCAUCAUCUUCAUGCUGCUGCUGCUCAUCACGGCCGGGUUACUAGGACUGAGUAACGCACACGCGAAAACGUUUCGCAUGCACGGGCGUCUGGCUACGCCUACGGUUGAUAAUCUACCUCAAGGCCCUGGUAAGUCUGUCGCUACGCCGUAUCCGCCUAGCGACUCGGAUAGUAAGGGCGGCAGCUUCUUCUGGCCGCCUACGACGACGAGGUCGUCGAGUGGGUUUACGGGGAUGGACGAUUUCGCGGAGAAGGGACAGGUCGGCGGUGUGGUGAGGGAUAGGUAUCCUUUUGACGAUACGACGGAUUACAGGUGAUGUAUAAUUGUUCACCUAUCUAGGUAGGUAGGUAGGUAGGUUAGACUACUUGCUGGUAUUUUGGUAGUUAUGUCGGGAAACAUAGACUAUUACUAGGCAUAUGAUUGGAAUAAUAUCGUUGCAAGGCACGCGGCGAGGCACGUUGUAUUUUGAAUAUGAGCAUUGCAUAAUGGGAGAUGGGUUUGCAUACGUAUUGUAAUCUAGUCUCCUUUACCAUGUGGGAAUCUGGC